AUGGCUCGGACUAUGGAUCCAACUAGCAAAGCGACAUUCCCAACUGAUUUCGCUGCGUCUACAUGGGCUAAUGGAACGGAAUCAUGGUACAAUGUGUACUCGUGGGUCUACUCACAGAAUGAAUCCGACAAUGGUGACAGUAUCCGUUCUUCAACUUCUUCACAACCACAGACAUCUCCAUCUUCUGGAUUAGAUGAUCAUGAGCAUCGUCUUCUUUGUGAUACUCCAAGCAGCCCAAUUGAUCCACCAACAUUUUUUAAUAACAAUAAUAAGAGCUCCGAGUUGGAUCUGAACACCAGCUGGUUCAGUCCACCACCAAUCACCUCUCCACUCAUUCAGACGCCAGCUCUUGCUCCAGUUCAGCAACAAAAGAAACAAGAGAGUGAAUCAAAAGACUAUGCACUUCUACAAGAGCUUCUCCGUCUCAAUCUCAACACUUCUCCACCAACAGCUUCAAACAUCUCGACAACGAACCCAAUCUUCUCCUCUGCCUCUCCAUCAACUUCAUCUCCUUGGUCACUUCCUCAAGACGAAACACAUCUCCAUCGUCCUGCUCCAGUCAUACGCUCAACUCCACAAACCUCAAUGAAUCAGAAUAUAUAUUGGAACACACCUGCAAGCCGUCAGACUUCUACAUCAGAUGUCGAUUUCCUUCAAGCACUAAGCAACCAACUGACAGCCUGUCAAGUCACCCAACAGACCCAACCAUCAGGAGUUGAUAUGACCUAUAUCAUGCAGCAACAGGCACUCGCAGUCCAACAACAACAGCAACAGCAGCAACAAAAUAAUCGACAAUGGCCACCGAAAGCAGUAUUUCAAAGAUAUUCAUUUAUGGCAGCACUUCAAUCAAAAGUUGAUGAAGUGACUGAUGAAUACAGACAAUUGGAGAAGGAGAGAAAACAAACUGAAGCGGAAUUGGCACGUCAUAAUCUUGGAAAGAAAAUCUCUUCAUCAAAUGGCCUUCCAAUUCCAAAACUUCCAACUGCUCCAUCAAGAAUUGAUCGAAUGGUCGUUGAUUUCUUCCGUGAGCAUGCGAGAAUCAGCACACUUCUUGCAAAGAUGGAGCAACUCACUGGAAUGUCGAUGCCAAUAGCUGCUCAUCAGACGCUUGCCGAACUUCUUCAGGCUAUUUCAAGUCUUUAUCACAGCCGAGUUCAUGAGAGAGCACUUAUUCUGCAACAGUUGAGAGGAGAAGCUAUUCAUUAUGAUGAGGAAAAAGAAGCCGGAGUCCUCGUUGAGAUUCUCUGCCUUGUUCAACAAGCAGCCACUCGAGUCCGUGCUGCCAACUGGUAUUGUCUCAUGACAACACUUGGACCAUUGGACGCGAACCAAAGAAUGCAAAUGGAUCAAAUUGUUUCCUCUGACUACACCAUUCCACCUCCACCAAUAAGACCUCGCCCUGUUUAA